AAUGACAUUGGCAUGGCAACUUAUUUCCAAGAUGUCGUUGUCGAUUGUUAUUCUGUUGUUGAUGUCAAACAAGAAUUUAGUACCUUUGUACCAAUUAAAUGUACUGAAAUCAAAUUAAUAUCUUUGAUUUAAAUGUUUUAUUAUCGCUGUAGUUAGUUUUGAGUUGCAUAUAGUAUUAUGGAGUCUUCUGUUGAUUUUAGUAAAAUAUGUCGUGCUUGUUUAUCAGAUUCUGGUCCUUUCAAAGAUUUGUUUCUAGUUUGUACUCCUGAAAUGUAUAAAUACUGUACAUCCGUUGAAGUAUCUAAAACAGACAACUUACCCAAACAAAUAUGUCAGAAAUGCCUUGAAACAUUAAAUAAAGUAUUUUUCUUCAAGGAAGUGGCUAUCAAGUCCAAUAACAUUCUGAAACAGCAAGUCUCCAUAGAUUCAAAGAGCACAGAUGAAAAUCAAGUAAAAGACAAUGAAAAAGAUUGCAAUGCAGAAAUAGAAGAACAAAGUGCUAGUGAAGAUGGCAAUUCAGCUGAAGUCAUUCAUUGUGAGCCUGUGGUUACCAGAAAGAAACAGGCAUAUAGAACUACAGCAAAAACCAGUACCCGAAUGAAAUGUCUCCGAUGUGAGAAAGCAUUUCAGAAGUAUGAGAGUUUUGAAGCACAUAUGAGGAGUCAUUUUGGUAAAAAGCCCGACAUCAAAUGCGAUUUCUGCGACAAGACCUUCGCAAACUUCAAGAACCUCCACAGUCACAUGCGUUCUCACAACAACGUACGUAAAUAUCAGUGCAAAUUUUGUGGUAAGGGGUUCGCGUAUUUGAAUGUACUGAAGAAUCAUGAACUGAUACAUGCUGGAGUGAAGAAUUACGCAUGCCACCUGUGCGAUGCUAACUUCGUGCAGAGUUACAAUUUAAAGAGACAUAUAGAAACUCACAGCAACGAAAAAAGCUACGGUUGUGGGCAGUGUGGUAAAAAGUUUGCUCAGCAAGGCACAUUAAAGAGCCAUCUUAUACGACAUACGGGCAUUAAGAAUAUAAUCUGCGAAGUGUGUGAUAUGAGGUUCUAUAUAAAGGGUGAUCUAUACAAGCAUAUGAAGUCGCAUUCAUCGGAUCGUCCGUACUCAUGCCCGCACUGCGACAAAACAUUCAAAUGCAAGAGCUUUCAGAUUGUGCACACCAGAACACAUACAGACGAGCGCCCAUACGCUUGCGAUAAUUGCCCAAAGAAAUUCCGAGCUUGGAAGGACAUGCGCAACCAUCGCAUGAUUCACACGGGAGAGAAGCCCCACAAAUGCCUCUUGUGCGGGAACGCUUUCAUACAGAAGACCUCACUCAAUCGCCAUAUGAAAUGCCACGAGAAGAAUCAACAGGAAGAAGAUGAUCAGCCUCAAGUUCAUGUGCAAGUUUUCACUCAAUGGGGAAACAAUAUAACAAUUCCAAGUUUAAAGCAAUGAAAAUGUUAAAAGUUAAUAAUGAUUAUUCUGUGAUAGUAAAAUAUAUGAAAAGUUAUAUCAUCUACUUGCAUGU